AUGGCCCAGGAACGAAAGCUGAAGAUAACCGUUGACCACGACGUUUGCGUGGGUAACGCCAUGUGCGAGUCCUUCGCCACCCACACCUUCGCCCUCAACGAGGAGCGCCAGUCGGAGGCGGUCAACCCUCAGGGAGACCCCCUGGCCCAGGUCCUGGAAGCCGCCGACAACUGCCCGGUAAGCGCCAUAACGGUAGAAGACGCAGAGACGGGGGAAAAGCUGUUUCCCUAG